AUGCAUCUUUAUUUCCUUGGUUUCAUUGUGCUGUGGUGCGGUGCGGUGGUUAAUAUCAAGUUAAAUGCAAAUGAUAAUACAGUCGGAUGUCGUUUAGAAUCCGGGGAACUCGUCGAUUGGUACUAUCUGUACAAAUUGCCAAAGGAGUCCUCUGAAAACGAUUCCCCAACGAAUGGCUUGCGCUACACGUACAUUUCAUCAAAGGAUACGUCCGACCGGGACACUCCACUACAGUGGCACACCGCCCGAUACACCAUGAACGAAUCCGCCAGUGCAUCGGCCCGAACGAUCAUUCCCGCGACCCGGGAAUCUCCAUCCACCAAGCUUACGAUCAUGUACAACGAUGAACCGACGAAUGGGCCGGUCGAUAUGGUACGUGGCCAUACGAAGGGUGUUGUCAGUACGGACGGUACCACCGGCUUUUGGUUGAUACAUUCCGUCCCAAAGUUUCCACCGAUAAUCGGUGACGGGUACAGCUAUCCUCACACCGGGAUGCUGUACGGACAAAGCUUUUUGUGCAUUUCUCUAAACGCUUCGGAGAUGGAAACGGUCGGUCACCAGCUACUGUACAAUGAGGUGACCGUUUAUUCGACCAAUGUCCCAGCCGCACUGGCCACCCGUUUCCCAACGCUGAAACGAGCUGCAGAGAUGGCACCGGCCAACAAAUCGCCCCCGUUUUACAGCCAGCAAACGAUCCGUUCGAGCGGUGGCGUAAAGUUUGUUACGUUUGCGAAAAGUCGACACUUUGGAAAGGAACUGUACGCGGACUGGAUUGCACCAGUACUGGGCACGGGACUGAUGGUGGAAAGUUGGCAGCAUGGGGCGGGCAAUUUGCCGAGCGAAUGUUACGAUAACGAUCAUCACCAUCGGCAUAGUGUUUUGAAUGUGCGGGAAGUUUCUGUUGGACGCGAAGAUCGCUUUAAAACGCUGAAGGAUCAUUCAAAGUGGGCCGUUGGAGGUGGCGGUGAGCAGGGUGGGGACGAGGGAUGGAUAUGUGUGGGGGACAUUAAUAGGCAGGAGCAUCAGAAGCAGCGGGGCGGUGGAAGCGUUUGUCAAGCGUCUGUGCGUGUGGCCACACUGUACCGGGGAAUGAUCGAUGACGUUGAACCGUGUCCAAAGCCGUGA